AGCUGCUCGCCUGCCUGCAAUCCAACAUGGAGUAGAGAGAGAUGGGGCUCUAGCGGGGCCACCCCUCGGUAACAACAGCGACGACGCGCUUUUUACGCACAACUGGAACCGGAGUCGUCGGUGAAAACAUGCGCCUUAGGACUUAAAAUCGGAGUGUGUGCCCUGUGUGCCCGUGUGUGUGUGCGUGUGUGUGAGUGUGUGUGUGUGUGUGUGUGUGUGAGUGAGUGUGUUUGGGGAGGGGGGGGGGCGAAGAGAAGAGCUGGAUUCGGCUCUAAAUUGUCUGUAUAGGCUACAUUACCUACAGAAGGCGAUGGUGCUAUUAAAGUUAUAGAAAAAGGGGCAUUUGCGAUCCAGGAGAAACUGGGUGGCUCCGGGGGGGGAAAGUGAGGAAAAGAAGACGGAGGUACAGCCAGUCGUAGGCAAACCAAAGAGCCGACACUCGCACAAAGGCGCAGGGGGGAUUUAUGCGGAAUUGGAGACAGAAUCGGAGGAGCCGCGGUGAAAGAAUGACGAGCGAAAAGUAUGCAACCGCCGUGGUACAAUACCUGAGGUGAAACGAGAAAAUGAUAGAAGAAACACACCCAAACGAUGACAGCUACAUCGUGCGUGUGAAAGCGGUGGUGAUGACGCGGGACGACUCGAGUGGCGGCUGGCUGGCCCAGGACGGGGGAGCUCUGAGCAGGGUGGGCGUUUGCCGCCUCCUGCCGCCAGAGUUGGCGCCCGUCCCGGCCUCCAGCAGCUCCCAGUUCCUCAUCCGUGGUGAGCGGCUACGGGAUAAACAGGUGAUCCUGGACUGUCCACUGAGGAAGGAUCUGGUGUACACCAUAGCAACGCCCACAUUUCAUCAUUGGAAGGUGGAGGACAGGAGGUGUGGCCUGUCCUUCCAGAGUCCAGCUGACGCCAGGGCUUUCGACAGGGGGGUACGGAAAGCAAUCGAGGACCUGGCUGAAGGCUCCACAACCUCCUCGACAGCACUCCAGAACGAGGGCGAGCUGGGUGACGACGACGUCUUUACCAACACCACAGACAGCUCAUCCAACUCCUCCCAGAAGCUGGAGAGCUCUCUGCAGCCGCUCGAGUCCUCGCCCCUUCCGCAGAGGCACAAGUGCGUGAUGGGACAUCGCCAUGACCUCCACGACCCCUACCGGCUCUCAGACCACUACUUCUUGGACCAGCCGUCUCGGCUUCCCCGCCAUGUCACUUUCCAGGAGGACGAGGAAAUCGUCCGUAUCAACCCACGGGAGCGCAGCUGGGAGCGAACCACAGAGCAUCACCAUGGCCGCCAGUCGGAUCGCCCCUGGCUCAGGGGCUACGAGGACUACCGCCACGCCACUGUGCGGGACAAGUUCAUCCAAAUGGACGACUCUGAGUCCUACGUCCACUUUGCCAAGACGGAGGCACAGAAGCACGACUACACCUACCCAUUGGCACCGGCCCUGUCGCCCUCAGACUCUGACCCCGCCCUCGGACCCUUGACCAAUAAGGGCCAUAGCGGCUCGUAUCGCCAUGGCUUCUCCUCUGUGGUCUCCAGCCAGCCCCGCUCUUUCCUUCCGAGCUCCUCCCCAUCCACCAAUGGCGGGAAGGGGCGGAAGGAGGACGGGAUGGAGCGUGCACAGUGCGAGCACUGCGGCGAGGCCUUUUACAUCUCCGACAACCGGAGAGGCCGGUGCCAGGAUGCCCCGGACCCUGUGCGGGCGUGCAUCCGGCGGGUCAGCUGCAUGUGGCUGGCAGACACCAUGCUCUACCACUGCAUGUCUGACCCAGAGGGGGACUACUCGGACCCCUGCUCAUGUGACGGGGGUGAGGGCAGCGGGGGAGGCCGACUCGGCACACGUUGGUUAGCCCUGCUCGGCUUAUCUCUGGUGGCGCCCUGCCUCUGCCUCUAUCCGCCUCUCCACGCUUGCCAUCGGGCGGGGCUCACAUGCGGCUGCUGCGGAGGCCGACACAAGGCCCUGAGCUGAGCCGGCGUGCUUGGAAACCUCUCAGAGGAAACGAUAAAAACCUAAACCCAACGCAAGCACAGGGAAAGGGAAGGAUGGGGAAGUACAGAGAGGACAAGUGGUCAUGGCUGCUCGCUCUCUUGCCUUGGUUCCUCUGGGUUUCUCUACAAAUUCCAGACACUGAAAUAAGCCAAAAAAAAAAAAACAGUUGGUGCAUUUUCUGAACGGCCUGGGAAGAUAAGCUCCCCCUUACGGCAGACAGUUCUCUCACCUCUUCACAUGGCCAUUUCAUGCUCUGUUUCUAGUGAGAGAGCACUCUUUUUCAGGGGGCCUUUUUUAUAGCUGACCUAUAUGUCAUGUAUCACAUAUGCAGGUACUUUAUACUUUGUACACUGACUCGGCGUCAAAGAACUUGAAUUGUUUCUUUGUUCUCUUUUUUUUUUUCUCUCCUUUGAUGUACGCGUGGCCAUUUUGUUUAUAUUCUAUUCCAAUAUCAGGCCCGCUCAGCUCAACUCCAGCUACAAGAAAGAUCAGACACUACACCUCUUUAUGUGUGCGCGAGUGUAUGUGUGUGUGUGUGUGUGUGUGUGUGUGUGUGUGUGUGUGUGUGUGCGUGUGCGUGUGGACGGUGUAUGUGAAUGCUUACAAUGUGCGCCGAGGCCUUUUUGUUGUCUGUACUGCAGCUUAUAGUAAAGCUCAUGUAUAUAGUCUACAUAGCUCUCCACCAUCAACAUCUUCUUUGUUCACUGAAACAAACGUGGUACUCAUCUUAAUCUUCUAAUAUCCCAAAGAUUCGUGUUUUUAUCCUAUUUAUUUUCUCACUGAAUUGAUCUACCAGCAAAAGGGUGCUGGGUUGAGAUUUGACUCACUGAAAGAGACGGUUUCUCAAAUCAUGCUACAACACUCUAGCGACCGUCUCCCCGCUCCUUUCACGUUAUUUCAAACAGUGCCUAAACAAUUACCUAAACCAGGAACCCUAUCCAGUCUUAGAAUUACAGUAGUGCUUUUUGGCUCAUUUUACUUAACAUACACUUGAAGCAGAGUGAGAUUUUAAGGCUCUGAUUUCCUCAUUCUUUGCAGAACCUCAGCCAGCAGUCCGUGUCACACCGAGGACUGAGAGAUCAUUCGAAGAUACCGUUAAAAUUGGUGCCUGUUAUGCCUUAAAAAUUUGGAGCCUGGCUCCAAACUUCACCCCUCUGAAGAUGUCUGCUAUAAUAAAAAAGCGUGAGCAUAGUUAUGGCUCCAAGCAAUCAGCCUCACCAUAUACUCCUAGACACUUGGUUUAAGCUAUUUUUGUAAUGAAAAGGAACUCUUUAAAAUGGUUCUCAUCAAGUGUGUAAACUAUGGACUCCAGUUUGCCUGCGAUGUACAAUCAGCUCCCCUCCUGAAGCCCAGCGCUCCAACAGAGCCCAACCAGUCACAUGUGGAACAGCAAAGUCCAAGUUUAAAACCAUCACCAUAUCUCCUAUAUUGAGCAAAGAUAACUAUAUGUUAUUCUCAUGUUGUUAAAGGAAUAGUUUGACACUUAUUAGAAUUAGUAGUAGUAGAGAAGAUUGAUAGCGCUCACGUCUGUGUGCAUUAAAUACGAAGCUAACCUAGAGCCAGGAAGUGGGUUGCUUAGCUUAGCAUAAACACUGUAAACGGAAGGAAGCAGCUAGCCUAGCUCUGUCCACCUAGCAGCACCUCUAAACCUCACUAAUUAACGCAUUAUAUCGCAUUUGUUUUAUCCACAUAAAAAUAACAAGUUGUGGUGUUACGUGAGGUUCGUUACAGUGACUGGUAAGAAAUUGUCCAAACGAGAUACAAAUGAGCUUAAGAGGCGUUUUUUGGUUUGUUUACUCAUUCUUACAGAGCCAGGCUAGCCGUUAUGCUAAGCUAAGCUAAGCUAAUCUUCUCUUGGCUGCCGGGCUCUUAUCGAACUCUCAAACUAUUCCUUUAAGGCCAAAAUAUUUUAUUGUAAAUGGGAGAUAAACAUGAGUAAUAACUUGCUGAAACCACAGUUACAUGUGACUGGUGCGCACUAUUCUCCUCCGUACUAGAGCAUUUUUUUUCCCUCCAUGCCAGAUUUAGUACAUCGCGCCCCCCCCCCCAGAGGGAGUAACGUCAGAUGUUUGACAACAGCUCAAAUUAAACAAGAAUGAAACGGUUCGACAGCCUGUUCAUUCAGGAUUGUAGUGGAUGUGUUGAUGUACAAACUCAGGCAUUGGAGGCCAAAAAAACGCUGUCCUUGCUGUGUCACCUGCUGUUUGAGUGACAUCGCAGCCGGCCAAUCACGGCAUCGGGGAUGUGACCAGGAACACAAUAAGCUUUUCGAAAAAUAAAAUAAAUAAAUCAAUAAAAAGAAGCAGCACAUCAGCAGAGUCCCUUUGGAAAAGAACAGGAGUCCAGAAAACAGCUGAAGUCCUGGAGACAAACAUCCAUCCCUGAUUGUUUUGCCAAGGAAAUGUCACUUACUGUAGUUGAAAUACAGAAUGCCUGAGGAUGUCCUUUUUCCUUCCCUGGUUGUGUCUGUUUCAUACAUCCUGUCCUGUGUACCAGUUUGUAUGUCCUUGGGGUGUGUGUGUGUGUGUGUGUGUGUGUGUGUGUGUGCGUGUGUGUGUGUUUAUGCCACAUCCUUUUCCCCUCUCCUGCUCCUUGAUCCAAAGCUACUGGGAUCAGCUGAAUAUGCUAUCAUAAACUAACACCUAGCCAGUAUAAUCAGAUCCUUCGAUGAUGUGAUGUAUCAGGGACAGGGCCAAUCAGAUUGGAAAGAGUGUGUGUGUGUGUGUGUGUGUGAGCAUUUAAUCUUUUGUCUCUGUCUCAUCUGGUGUUUGAGUGUGUUUUCACACGUCAGAGCCAUUUACAAGUGCCUGAACGCAUCUUCUGUAUCUCCUUGUCUUUAAAUUGAAAAAAAUUUAAGAAAUGACUCCCUGUAUUGAAUUAGACCCAUUUUUUUACGCUUAGUAUUUUUACCUCUGUAAAAAAAAAGAGCAAAAAUUAUAUUAUAUAUAUCAAGUGUAUGUUGUACAUUUUUAUUUCUAUUUUGUUUUUUUAAAAUAACUGUUUCUAACAUGUACGAUGGAUGUAGCUCUUGCUUUCGAGAAGGAACAGGAAGUACUUUGUAGAUACUGAAGGGUGGCCAGGUCUGUGAGAAAACUAAAGUGAAAUGUGUGUCUUACCUUCCGCCUCCAAUAAAAUGAGAGAAAACAGUGAAACCACA